AGGUCGAACUAGAGACCAGACCACGCAAAUUUUCUCCCUCUCGCACCAGUUGGCCGUCGACCGUCGUUACCCAUCCCCUCGCCGCCGGCGCCACCGCGCCGCCGGAGCGCCAUGCUCAGGCUACGUAGCCGCGUCCCCUCCCAUAUCCUGUCAUCUCCGUCCACCUCGCCCGGACCCCCUCUCCGCCGCCUCCUCUCCGCCGCAGCGCCCGUCCUUUUCCCAAAUCCUGGCUUCGUUGUCGAGGACUACCUCGUCUCCACCUGCGGCCUCACACGAGCGCAGUCCAUCAAGGCAUCCGCCAAGCUCUCCCACCUCAAGUCCCCCGCCAAGCCCGACGCCGUCCUCGCCUUCCUUGUCGGCCUCGGCCUCUCCGGCGACGAUGUAGCCGCGGUCGUCGCCAAGGACCCCAAGUUCCUCUGCAGCGGCGUGGAAAGAACCUUGGCCCCCGUCGUCGCGGGUCUCAGCGGCCUCGGUCUGUCCCGUUCCGAGGUCGCGCUCCUCGUCUCGCUUGCCCCUGACAAUUUCCGCUGUAGACCCAUCGUCUCCAAGCUGCGGUACUGCUUGCCCCUCUUCGGGUCCUCUGAGAACCUACUCCGGGCGGCCAGGCAUGACGCCAGUAUUCUUAGUCUCAGACCCGAGAGGACAGCGAAGCCCAACAUCGCGUUCCUUCAAGAGUGCGGCCUAAGUGCUUGUGAUAUUGCCAAGCUAUGCGGCUGUGUUCCACGGCUGCUCAUCACCAACCUGGAGCGUGUCCGGGAAAUGGUGACAUUGGCCGACGGUCUUGGUGUGCCCCGAGGCUCUGGAAUGUUUAGGCAUGCUCUGCAGGCUGUCGCAUUCUUCAGCGAUAAAAAGAUGGCAGCCACAGUAGAUCAGCUGAAGAAGACGUUAAGGUGGUCGGAUGCCGAGGUGAGAAUUGCUCUGCCAAAGGCCCCGUUUGUGCUAAGGAAGCCAAAAGAAUCGCUGCAGCGCAGGUCCGAGUUCCUCAUCUCCGAGGUGGGGUUCGAACCGGCCUACAUUGCUCAUCGGCCAAUAAUGCUCUGUUACAGCAUAGAGGGCCGGCUCAGGCCCCGGUACUACGUUGUAAAGUUUCUCAAGGAAAAUGGAUUGCUCAAACGCAACCCAAGCUACUUCACAAUUUUCAAGAUGGGUGAGAAGUUAUUCGUGGAGAAGUACAUAUGCCCUCACAAGGAAGCUGCACCCUACCUUGUUGAGGACUAUGCAGACGCUUGCAGAGGGGAAGUGCCCUCUAGACUGAUGUCUGCAUGAAGCAAGAACUCUGAGCUCUAUAUGUAGAAUCCUAAUCACCAUGUAAUUCUGAAGCCAAUUACGUUUUGUUCAUUAUUUUGUAUGGAGAAGAAUAUCCAUGUUUUCUGUAGAUUUAUGUGACCUUUCUAAAAUCUAUCCAUUGAUGAUGUAUUGCCAUUCUAAUCAGAAGAUUACUUUAUAUGUUGAGCUUAUACUUAA